UUUGAUGAUGCUGGAGAUCCCUGCAAAUGAGGAAGUAGUUUUCUGCAUCCGAUGAGGAAUCACUGCAGGCUGUAGCAAUCGCUCAUUACUGGGGAGAGAGGGGGGCAGGAUGGCUGAAGGGGGCGCUGUGCCAGUCGUGGAAUGGAGCCGGCUUGAAGCUGCUGUAAUAAAUGGAUUCAGACAACUGAGGGAUCGGUAUCUGCACAGAGUGAAGGGUCGGGGGGCGCUGGAAGAUGAAAGUGAUGGUCUAGAGCAAGUGGAUGGUGGUAGUCUCCUGGACACAUUACCGGUUGAUAUGCAGUUAUAUAUCCUGACAUUUCUCUCACCACAAGACUUAUGCAGGCUUGGAAUGACAAACCAGUACUGGCAUUCAAUGGUGCAAGACCGUCUACUGUGGAAGUACUUUCUGCUGCGAGACCAUCCAUCGUGGUCCUCCAUUGAUUACCUCAGCCUGCCAGACUUAGACGUCCUCAACUCUUGUUUAUGUGAAUCACCAGAUGGGAAGGAGUGUAAUUAUAUGUCCAUCUACCUAAGGAGCUGCCCAAAAACCAGAAGGUCUAUGCGGACCAGGAAUCCCAUUUAUGGAGCCGUGACCUCAUUUCUGCAGUCUCUUGUCAUGCAGGGAGAGCCCCGCUUUGCUAUGUUUGGUCCUGGUCUUGAACAGCUGGAUGAUUCUUUGGUCACGCGGAUGAUGACCUCUCCAGAGCUUAUACCAGUUGUCAGCAUACUUCAGAGGCAAAUUAAUGGUGUUGGCUCUGGCGUCACAUUUCAGCUUAAUGGUGAACACAAAUUUAAUAUUUUAACCCUUUAUUCUACAACACGCUCAGAACGAGAUCGAGCGCGCGUAGAACAGAGUGCGGCCGUCAACAAGAUGUUCGUCUCUGAGGGUUUGGUACAUGGAGACCAGAGGGCUGCAUACAGCCUCAUCCCUCAAGUAAAGGAAGUGUGCAAAGUUGUGGAUGGUUUCAUCUAUGUGGCCAAUGCUGAAUCACAUCAAAAGCAUAAUCGUGAAGAGGAGGUAGCUCAGAUCCAGGUGAUGAUGGAUCCUCUACUUGGGGCGCAGAGGAGACCUUUGUUGGUGUUAUCUUGUGUGACAAACCCUGGAAACAAGAGGAUCCCUUGUGUCUAUUUGGCUCAUGAGCUGUGUCUAAACAGGUUAAAUCGACCAUGGAUGGUGCAAAACACAGAAGCCUCCACGCUGUUGGGGUUAUUAGAUGGCAUUGCCUGGAUUUUAGCUGAAGUUGGGAGAAAGAUAUGAACGUUGCCCAAUUUUUCACCUGCAAUUGUUCUUAAAAUGUGAAAUUAGAUUUUUAUACAUGUACUGUAUAUUGGGCAGAUUUAUUAAAACUGGUGCUAAGGAAAACCGAGCUAAUUGCCCAUAACAACCAAUCAGAUUCCACCUUUUAUUUUUCACAGUAACUUUGGAAAAUGAAAGGAUCAAUCCGAUUGGUUGCUAUGGGGAACUAAACCAGUUUUCCUUUGCACCAGUUUUAAUAAAUCUUCUCAAUGGUCUGAAGCGAGGAUUACACAACACAUUUAAGUCACCGUGAUCCACAUUAAAGGCGUUAUCCAAUUUCUCAAAACUCCCCCAUGUGCCGGGCCCCUCACCGGUAAUAUACUUACAACGCUCCUGGUCCCCGCACUGUCGCUGCUGCUUCUCCCUGCAUCCGAUGUCGGGGGGGGGGGCUCCCUAACAUCGCGGGUGACACUAGGCAGGCUCAUCCCCGGCUGCUCGUCCCCGACACCGGAUGUUUUCAUCCGUGUGCAGGGAGAAGCAGCAGUGGCGGUGGACCAGGAGCGGCGUAAGUAUAUUAUGGGUGAGGGGCCUGGCACAUGUGGGGGUUUUUGAGAAACUGGAUAACCCCUUUAAAGGAGUUUUCUGGGAGUUUAAUAUUGAUGACCCAUCCUCAGGAUAGAUCAUCAAUAUCAGAUCGGUGGGGGUCCGGCACCGGGGAGCUCUGUUUGAAGAGGCUCCAUACAUUGCAUAGCGGCUGUACUUGGUAUUGCAGCCCGGGCCCAUUCACUUGAAUCGGACUGAGCUGCGCCUAGACCAAGUGACCAAUAAACGUGACCUCAUUGGGCUAGGAAAAGGCUGCGGCACUCACUGGAGCGCUACGUCCUUGUCAAAUAGUUGAUCAAAAAAUUUGAAAAAUUUGAUUCGGCUACUUUUACAAAAAAGUUAUUUUCGUGACGAAGAGCAUUUCUUUGUAAGUAGUGGGUGCAAUGGCAGGGAGUGGCGAUUGCGCCGCUCCCCAUCAUUA